GCACGAGGAUUCCUCCGUCGUCCACAACUACGACCUCAGCUGACAACGAACCAGCAACUUCAUAUCGCCUCUCCUCCUUUCUCCCUCUCUCUCUCUCUCUCUCUAUCGUCACGGCACCGUCGACGCCUGCUGCUUCGCUGCUUCUCAUCCUGGUGGCCGGCGCUGGCAUGCUGGCAUGAUGCGCUACAGCGCGGCGGUAGAGGGGGAAAUCGAAGAGGAGGAGGAGGAAGAAGAAGAAGAAGAGUUCCACGAGUCCUUGGACCGCAUCCUCUCCUCCUGUUCCUCCGCCUCCGCCUCUGACGACGACUUGGAUCGUCGUCGCCGCCACAGCUCUAGCUCCCUCCCGUCGCUCUCCUCGCUCGACAUAUGGACCUCCGUGCCCGCCCCUGUCGCCGAGCGUCGCGUGCUUCUCCUCCAGCGCCUCGGCCUCGCUGGCGAUCCCUCCCUCGAUCGUUUCGAUGGCUCCCCCCUUGAGUCCGCCGCCUUCGGGAUGAUCCGAUCCGCAUCAGAUGGCUCCGCCGAAUCCUCCUCUGUGAGAAGACCCGAUUCCGAUCCCAUUCGCCGGGCGUGCCGGCACAAUAAUCAGAGGUCGAUCAAUUUUCCUGUUUCCCACAUGCCUACGGGCCACCACGAGGUCUCCGAGGGCGACGGAAGUAGCUGUGGCGGAGACGGCGAGGAGCUCGGAUGCUCGAUCAAGAACCUCGACAACGGGAGGGAGUUGGUGGUGAAAGGAUUUGUGAAGGAUGGGAUGGGGAACAAGUUAAAGGAGGUAGGGACGGGGCGGCAGCUGACUAUGGAUGAGUUCGAGAACUGGGCCGGUCGGUCUCCCAUCGUUCAAGAGCUGAUGAGACGACAGAACGUGGAGGAGGCUGCCUCCGGCCGUGCGCCGAGCGGUGAUGUGGUGCCUAAGGAAGUGAAUAGGCCAAAGAAGAAAGGGGGUUGGUUGACGAGCAUCAGGAAUGUGGCAGGGGCUGCGCUAGGUGGAGGGGACCUUAAGGAUCGCCGGAGUAGGAGUACUGAUGUAUGGCAAUCAUCGGAUACGGGAGCCAGGAGGCUGAGCUCUUCCACGGAUGAUAACCAGGCGAGGACGCGUGGUCUCGACCCUCGAGUCAAGGUCCGGCAGCAUGGGAAGUCCCACAAGGAGCUCACCGGAUUGUACUUGAGCCAAGCGAUUCAGGCGCAUAAUGGUUCCAUCUGGAGCAUCAAGUUCAGCUUGGAUGGUCGGUACUUGGCCAGUGCAGGAGAGGACCGUGUCAUCCACGUAUGGGAAGUCUUUGAAAUUUCUGCAAAGGAUGGUUUUUUGCUGAAAGCAUCAGAGCAGAAUGAGACACUGAAUCCAUUUGCUUUGGCAAUCAGUAGUUACCCAACAGAUCCAGGACUAGGGCUGGUUAGUGGAGAAGCAAAUCACUGGGAAAAGAAGAGAAGGGCAAAGAUGCCUGGUAACCAGAGAUCCGUUAGCUCCGACCCUCUUAUAAUGCCAGAGCAGGUGUUUUCUUUGUCAGAGAAGCCUAUGUGCUCCUUCAGAGGCCAUUUGGAUGAUAUCCUUGAUCUCUCUUGGUCAAGAUCACAGUAUCUCCUUUCAUCUUCAAUGGACAAAACAGUUCGACUGUGGCACCUGUCUAGUGUUUCCUGCUUAAAAACAUUUACACACAGUGACUAUGUGACUUGCAUCCAGUUCAAUCCUAUCGAUGACAGAUACUUCAUCAGUGGGUCGCUGGAUGAGAAAUUCCGAAUAUGGAGUAUUCCUGACCGGCAAAUAGUGGACUGGAAUGAUUUGCAUGAGAUGGUCACUGCCGCUUGCUACACCCCUGAUGGGCAGGGUGCUCUAGUUGGUUCGCACAAUGGGAGCUGCCACUUGUUUGAUACAUCUGGUAACAAGCUUCUCCAAAAAUGUCGUAUUGAUUUGCAAAACAACAAAAAGAAGUCCAGACACAAAAAAAUUACUGGAUUCCAGUUUGCUCCUGGGAGUUCUUCGAAGGUACUUGUUACAUCUGCAGAUUCACGUGUGCGGGUCAUUGAUAACAAUGAACAAGUACACAAAUUCAAAGGGUUUCGCAAUACAAGCAGCCAAAUCUCAGCGCACUGGGCUGCUAAUGGAAAAUAUGUUAUCUGUGCUAGUGAGGACUCUCAUGUAUACCUAUGGGGAUGUGAUGAAGAUUCAAGGUCUAGGAAAUGUAAAACUGUCGAAUCUGUCACAGAAACUUAUGAGUACUUCCGUUGCCAGGGCAUCACAGUGGCUGUGCCUUGGCCAGGCUCAAGAACUGGAGAGCUGGUCAGAAAUCUCUCGAAUAAGCAGAAUGAACUAAUUGGAGAUUCUUAUAUUCUACCUCCUGUUUACCCAAGAAAUGCCAGGCUCAUUACAAACCAAACUCCCUUCAAUGACAAGGUUUCUGCAACUUGGCCUGAGGAGCUCAUGGUCGAUAAACAGACACCCCAAAGUAAUGGACUUCUUUUCAGCCGGCAAUCGGCAACUCAAAGCAGAUCGGCCUGGGGCCUGGUGACGGUCGCAGCAAGUCGAAGUGGUGAAAUUAGAAUUUUUCAAAAUUUUGGAACUCCAUUUCAAAUGUAAAUUGAUUCAUUUGCAGAGUGGAGACAGAUCCAUCAAAGAUUGUGGUUUAAGAGCAUCGCCACUUGACCUUCCAUUCCCCAGGUUGAUGCUCCAGCGAAUGAAGGCAUGUAGCAGCUACUACUCACCUUGAAUUGGAAGAGAAUGAAGCCAAAGUCAAGUGGUAUUCAUGGAUAUAUACAACACUGCAAUGAUUGUAAACUGUACAUUGAACAGACAGCCAACGAUAGUUAAUCACUAGGGCUGAUUACUUCUCAUUGGUCUUUUUGUUUUAAUUUUCAAUCCUUGUUUUGGUCAAUUUAAUCAUGUCUUAGGGGCUACGUUCUAAACUCCCCCCAUUUUUUUUUGUCACUAUAUGUUGCUGUAAGAAGAGAAAAUUAAACUAAAUGUCGAUAAAUGAUAACUGGAAUUGACGGAGGUCUUCUUCA